AUGGGUCGCGUUCGUACCAAGACUGUCAAGAAGUCCGCCAAGGUCAUCAUCGAGCGGUACUACCCUCGCCUGACCCUCGACUUCGAGACCAACAAGAGGAUCUGCGAUGAGAUUGCCAUCAUCGCCUCCAAGCGCCUCCGCAACAAGAUUGCCGGCUACACCACCCAUCUGAUGAAGCGUAUCCAGAGGGGUCCCGUCCGCGGUAUCUCCUUCAAGCUCCAGGAGGAGGAGCGUGAGCGCAAGGAUCAAUACGUCCCCGAGGUCUCUGCCCUCGACUUCGCCCAGAACACCGAGAGCGGCCAGCUCGAGAUCGACACCGAGACCAAGGACCUGCUCAAGCACCUCGGCUUCGACAGCAUCCCGGUCAACGUCACCCCCGUUACCCAGGCUCAGCCCCAGGAGCGUGGUGGCCGCCGCUUCGGCGACCGCCCCCGGAGGGACUAA